AUGUCUGCGGAAAACCUAAUAAACAUCAGAAAUCCUUCACGUAAACCAUUGCCUGCUUUACCGACGGGAAGGUCAAUUUCAAAUUUAAAGUCUACAAUAUCUUUACCAUCAACUUCAUUUACCCCAAUACAAGGUUCAAGCGAUGUAUCAUUAGAUAGUAUUUCAUUAGGUCAUUUACGUAAUAUUUUAAAACAAAGCCUACAUAAUUGUGCCCUUGAUACCAAUCCUUGGGAAACUGUUAUCUGGGGAAUUAUACUCGAUAUCGCCGAAACAGUUCCAAAAGCUAUAGAAGCAAUUUAUCAACAUGAAAUGAAAAAACAAAAAAUUCAAAAUAAAUUUAAAGAUGAAUCAAAAUUUGUAAUAACUUUAAAAAAAGAUGGUGGGAAACCUACGGAUUCACAUUUUGUUUAUAAUUAUUUUGACGGCGAACUUCUAUUUAAACGUGAAAAUGAUGAAGAAUUAAUGGUUUAUGUUGUGUGUAAUUUGAGACUUGAGGUGUGUUUAUUUAGGGAUCAUUUCAUUUCAAGAGAUGAUACAAAAGAUGGUCAAGGCGCUGAGGAUAUUCAGAAUAGAUUAAGAAAUUCCAGACGUACUUCAAAAUCUUCAUGGCUUGGAUGGCUGAUGAAACAUAAUAACAUGUCAAAUAUUAGAGAUCAUGUAAACAAAUCUCAUGAAAAGCAUGGAUCCUUGAUGAGGAAAUCUUCAUUCAAAAGAAAUCAGAUUUCAAAAUCAUCAAAUAAUUCGACUGGAGCGACGAUAAAUACUGAGGAAGAGAUGGAUAUGUCAAUUUUAGCUAAAAACAAAUUUGCAAAGGCAAUUCAUCAAAUGGAAAAUACUAUACUUUCAUCAUCUCCGGGAGUGAAAUUUCCUCCUCCGCAUGUUUUAAUGCGUUUAAGAGAUGAAGAAACAGAGAUCCGUCUUCAUACAAACGAAGAUGGUACGUUUAAGUCAUUUGCUGUAAAAGAUGCUUUGGAUUUAGCUAAUGACUUCUCAAAUGGAAAUGGGGCGGCUUCCACGAAAAAUUCUACUGGAAAAUAUCGUACUUAUGCAGCGAUUACUGGGUCGAGUCAGGUUUCGCAGGAUUUCCGAUCGGGACUUACAUAUCUCAUGACAAAUAAUAAUUCAUUGAAUUGUGUAUUCAAACAUCAGGCAUUAUCAUGUUCUUUCGCAAGGUUUUGGUCACCGACUUCGAUAUCGCCAUGUCAUAAUCAUGAAAUAACCACAAUGGAAUAUUAUAACAAGAAUUGUGAUCACCCCGAUAGAUGCCUUGGAGAAAUUAUUAAUCUAUUAUGCGAUCAAGCUCAUGAAAUUUGUGAAGAUGCAUCAUGCGAUCAUCCUGGACUCGAUCAUAUUAGCACGUAUACUCACAAUACAGGGAGGAUCAGUAUAACGAUUGAAGAAUUACCAGAUCAAAAGUUAAAACCCUUAUCCGAUAGCAUUUUAAUGUGGACACAAUGUGAACCGUGUUCCAUGAAAACUCCAAUCGUGCAAAUGUCACGUGCGACUUAUCUUUAUUCAUUUGGAAAAUAUCUCGAAAAUCUAAUUUACAAUGAAGAUUUUACCCCUAAAACUUUAUGUUCGCAUUUUGAUUCUUUGGUCAGAUGUUUUCGCCGAGGAGAUUUGGUCGUGAAAAUUGGAUGUGAACACGUUGACUUAUUUGAAAUGCGUUUGCCGAAAUUGCAAAUUAGUCAAGGAGAGACUCCGAUAAUACAUACUUUAGGUGAAGCCGAAGAAAUUGAUAAACUUUUUGUUAUUAGCAAUGAGGAUGAGAUGAGAUUAUUUGAUGAGACAAGAUUGGAAAUCACAUAUUUUUAUGGUGGCGUUAAACAACAUAUAACAGCAUUAGAAGAAUACUUUGACUCUUUGUCUCCUAAUGAAACGGACUCUAGUUCCAAGGGAAACAUUGCCAUCAAAGUUAAUGGUAAUGAUGCUGAUCCUAGUGAAGAGCAAAGUUAUUUGAAAUUGUUGGAUGAUAUGGCAAAAGAUUUUCGUGUUGACGAGUUUGAACUUUAUGAUAUUCUUAAGGAAACAAAGGCUACUGUUUUGAAUGAUGUGCGGAAAUUGUUUGUCGAGAAAAUUCAUUCAACAAAAAAACGAUUGUUGGAUUGGCAAAAAGCUCACGUUCGUGAAGAAAAUUUAGAAAAAUUUUCGAAUAUUGAAUGGGUUGAGCCGGAAUAUGCAAGUUCAAGUAACUGCCAUGUUUUCCCUGGAUCUCCUAUCAUAGUUAGAGAAGAUGAACCUAGUUCUAUCAUCGCAUUUACAUUAAGUUCAAGGGAUUAUUUAAGAGAAUCGUCACUUAUGCGACAAAAUGUUAGAUUAUCAUUUACACAAUCGGCUCCAGUAACCCCCAUGUCUGAAUAUCAUCAACCUCAAGUUUCCAACUCAUUCUCAACGUUAAUUACUUCAUUAAAAAGUCCAUCCACAUCGAAUCUCACGUCAAAGAAAGAUUUAUCGACAGAUUCAGAAGGAUCCAAUGGACUUCAAUCUUUAGACCAGUAUAGUUCCACUAUUCGACGUAAACAUGUUAAAGAUAAUACUUAUACAAUCCCUCAUGGAUUUGAUCUUGGAUCAUUUAAUUUAUCUCUUAGUAGUAAGGAAAAGAAAAAAGAUCCCGAAAAAGAAGCUGAAAAACAAACUACUACUAAAAAUGGAAAAUUUGGUGGAAUUUUUGGACAAAAGAAUGAAGAUUCCGAGAAAGCUAAAGAUGAGAUUUUCAAUGAAAAAGCACAGCAUAUCAAGGAGGAGCAGAAACCAGAAUCCGUUGUUGGUACCGAGAAAUUAUCAAAUGAAUCAAAUGAAAAACAAGAUGUAAAUGAAAAGGAUUUACCAAAAAAAAAGGAUGAGUCAACAUUUUCAUGGGGUCGGAAAACUCCAAAGGAAAAAGAAACUCCACAUUUAAAAUAUCAGUUUACGCAUGGAACGAAAAAAUUUUCGUGUACAGUGUAUUAUGCCACAGAAUUUGAUUCACUUCGACGUCGAUGUGGAAUUGAAAAUUUAUCCAUCGACUCUCUUUCUCGAUGUUCUUCCUGGAAAGUUACAGGUGGCAAAAGUUCAAGCAAUUUCUUCAAAACGCAAGACGAUAGACUUAUUAUAAAACAGAUGGUAUCAUCAUGGAGAAUCGGAGAAAAAGAAGCUUUAUUGAAAUUUGCACCAAAGUAUUUUGAAUAUAUGAACAAGGCUCCUAUCACGCCAUCAGUUCUUGCAAAGAUCUUUGGAUUCUAUACAAUAAAGAUUAAGGACUUAAAAAAGAAUAGCAAUAUCAUUAAAAUGGAUGUUCUAGUAAUGGAACAUUUAUUCUUUGAGAAAACCAUAACAAGCAAAUUUGAUUUGAAAGGAAUUCAAGAACGUCAUAUAAGAGAUCAACCUCAACAAGGAGAUGUGACAUUAUGGGAUGGUGAUUGGGUUGAAGGAAGAUAUAAAUCACGUUUGUUAAUACACUCACAUUCCAAGAAGAUUCUUCGAGAAGCAAUACUCAACGAUACAAAAUUCUUAGCAGAUUCCAAUAUUAUGGAUUAUUCAUUAUUAGUAGGAGUUGAUGGCGAAAAGAAAGAAUUAAUAGCAGGAAUUGUAGAUUUUAUUGGAGCAUAUACCUUAUAUAAGAAAAUUGAAAAUAGAGGUAAAACCAUUGGAAGAAAUGCAAAAGAAGUCACUGUUUUACCACCGGAUCAAUAUAAAGAUAGAUUCAGAGAUUCGAUAGACCAAUAUUUCCUGGCUGUACCAGGUGAGCAAAAUGACAAGUAG